AUGGACGACCCUGGAAUCACCAUGCCUUUGGUUACCUCUUCCCUCCUGGAUCAGCUGGUCGAGUUCGAGUUCCCGCUGCUCCAGCCCUUCCGUUACUCGAGCACCACUCCCGCCCGGUUCCACUCUGACGGUCCUAUCAUUCGUGAGGGAUCGCCAAUUGGUUUUGAUUUGGAUGUGGCUGAAACCAAGGACUCUGCCACCGUUGAGGACUCACACCAGGCCAAUCCCCUUGAGACCGAAAAGUCUUUUGGUCUGUCCCAGCGCAAGGAGAAUGUCCUGCCGGCCAAGCCUCCCCCAUCGGUUGUAAACCCUUACAACCAGUGGCUGAGAUGGACCAUGAACCGCCCCGGCGUCUUUAACAGCCCGGAGGAGGAAGCUUUGGCCGCCCAGUUCGGGGCAAGCCGCCAUGAUCUCUACAAAGGUGUCAGUGACAAUUCCUUUUUCCAGUGGGGCCUGCGGUAUAUGCCAAAGUCCGGCGACGAAAACGCUUUCCGCACCGUGUUGAUCGAGAAUCUCCCUGACACCGUCACCCUCGAUCAAAUUCUGACUCGAAUCCGCGGUGGCGCCAUCCUCUCGGCCUCUCUGACAGACACCAGAACCAUCACUGGCUCCCCUACCGCAUUGAUCAUUUUCCUUCACAAUAGAGGAGCAUUGAACUUCCUGUACCGCGUUGCGCGAGAGGGCUUUUAUAUCGGAUUUAGCCCCGCGCAAGUUCGCCCCGUCCCGACCCCGACCUACCGCACCGCGACCGACUUGGAGAAUCAAAUCCGCCGCCUUGGUCAUAGUCGCUGCCUGGUGGUCCGCACUCCUUAUAUCAAGGAAAUCAGGGACGAGGUUCACCGUGUGCUGAGCCAGUCACGCCUUCGCCAUUACGUGGAGUGUUUCGGAGAACGGGAUCUUAAAGGCGAAGUCACCGUUCAGUUCCACUCGAUCAAGAUCGCCACGGUAGCCUACCUGGUGCUGGUUAGGGACCCCAAGUUUAAGGGGCAGUUUGUGAAGUUUGGACCUGACCCGUGCGCCAUGUUUUGA